AUGGCCCUCAGAGAUAUGUUCCAUGUUUUGGUCCUUGUCUGCUGCCUUUUGGCUAGUGUAACAUCAGCAGCAAGGCUCGACGAUAAUCGAGGCCUCGCCGAGUGCUGGAAUGCACUGAAUGAGAUGAAAUCAUGCACGGAUGAGAUUGUUAUUUUCCUUGUUAACGGCCAAGCUGAUAUCGAUGCCGACUGUUGUCAUGCCAUCGAGGUUAUCACUCGUGAUUGUUGGCCUACCCUGCUCACUUCACUUGGUUUCACGUCCGAGGAAGGUAACAUUCUUAGAGGCUACUGUGAUGUUCCUUCUGCUCUUGCUCCUGCUGCUGUUGCACCUCUUGCUGGCUCCCCGGCUAGUCCGGCGCCCUCCGCCAUUGAUGACCAAAGGAGUGAGAGAUGGAAGCUUUCUAGGGUUUCAAAAAUGACUGGAGUAGGUGAGCUUGGUGAUCUCAAGGGAUUAUCUGAUGGUGGAGAGAGGGUUUGGUUCAUCUCUUUGGGUCUGAAAUCUGAAUCAGUGAUUGCAAAGAGGUUUCAUUGGGUGUAA